AUGGUCUCUCUUUGUUUGCAAAAGAGGUUAGCCGCCUCCAUCCUCAAGUGUGGAAAGGGUAGAGUUUGGAUUGAUCCAAAUGAAAUCUCCGAGAUCUCCAUGGCCAACUCAAGAGACAACGUUCGCAGUCUCAUCAAGAACGGUUUCAUCAUCCAGGACACGGUAACCGUCUCGGUACCCGUGAGGCUCGUAUGCCAUCCAAGGUUCUCUGGGUCCGCAGAAUCAGAGUCCUCAGAAGGUUGCUCAAGAAGUACCGUGAGGCCAAGAAAGAUCGACAGACACGCCUACCGUGAGCUCUACCUCAAGGCCAAGGGUAACAUCUUCAAGAACAAGCGCACUUUGAUCGAGUACAUCGUCAGAUCCAAGACCGAGAAGCUCAGAGAGAAGCAGAUCAACGACCAGGCUCAGGCUAGACGUUUGAAGAACCGUAACCUCAAGGAGCGUAGAACCACCAAGGCUCUCGCCAAGCAUGUCUACUAA